AUGGCAACGCAGACCAACUUAAGCAUUUUCCUAGAUGGAUUUGCACAUAUCUUGGAAGAACAAUGGCAAGUUGAUGUGCUUCUCAAGGCAGGUGACAGUGAUCCAGAGGCAGCAAUCUCCGCCCACAAACUUGUUCUGGCUGCAAGAUCAAAGGUCUUUAGGAAGAUGCUUGAGGAAGAUGAGUGCAAGACUUCGUCAGGGAAAGAGAUGAUCACUCUCUCGGAGAUGAAACAUGAAGAGGUAAAGGCUUUAGUAGAGUUCAUGUACAGUAAUGGCUCAACGCCUUGUGAAGAGCAUGCUCGAUCACUUUAUCUCGCAGCGGACAAGUAUGAGAUCCCGCAUCUACGAGACCUAUGCAGAGACGAACUUAUAUCUUCUCUGAAUGAGUCUAAUGCUCUUGACGUUUAUGAGCUUGCUCAAUUCCCUUUUGAUGAUGCAUUACACAAUGCUGCUUUGGGCUGUAUCCAAAUGAAUAUAGCUACAAUUGCUUACUCUGAUGAGCUGAAGCUGUUUGCAGCGAGUAACCCAAAUCUUACAGUGGAGAUAAUGAAGGUUUAUGUUGAUCGUACUAGAUACAAUUCAUGGGAAGAUUUAUCAAAAAAAAGAAACAUUUCAUGGAAAGACGGUAUCUGUUAG